AUGACUGACAUCUCUACAACUCCCCCUCUGACUCGUGACUCAGUCAUUGAAGCUCACAAACUCAUCGGCCAAUACGUUCACUAUACACCAGUUCUCACCAACCGUACCAUCACGGAACUUGCCUCAACCCCUCGUACGGCAGAAGAACUUGAGGGAACUCGCUACGCUGGUAGAACACCGGCUCGACCGGUGUUGAGACUGUGGUUCAAAUGUGAGAAUAUGCAGCGCAUAGGAGCUUUCAAAGCCAGAGGCGCAUUUCACGCAGUUGAGAGAUUAAAGCAGGAGCCUGGAUGGUUGGAAGGAGGGGGCAAAGAGAAGGGCGUUGUCACGCAUAGUUCUGGAAAUCAUGCUCAAGCGCUGGCCCUCGCUGCUCGUGAGAGUGGUAUCAAGGCCCAUAUUGUUAUGCCCGAGAUAUCCAACCCCAAAAAGAUUGCCGGUACAAAGGGCUAUGGUGCUCGCGUUAUCUUCAGCGGAAGCACAUCGACUGAACGUGAAGCUAUGGCUGCCAAGGUCAUUGCCGAAACAGGUGCUCGUCUCAUCCCACCUUAUGACCACCCCGAUAUCAUGCUAGGUCAGGGAACUAUGGGAUUGGAAUUCCAGCAGCAAGUUGCCGAGUUGAUGACGACUGAUGCUGUGGUUGACGGUCAAAGAAAACUGUUUCGAGCGCCUUCGACUGGGAGGGACAAUGAGGCACCAGGUUCAAAGAAGGAGAAGCCAGGUCUGGAUGCUAUCAUGACACCGCUGGGUGGUGGCGGCAUGCUCUCGGGUGUAGCUCUCAGCUGCGAAGGCACUGGAAUCCGCGUCUUUGGUUCAGAGCCAUCCUUUGAAGGAGCCGACGAUGGCAAGCGUGGAUAUGAGUCAGGUUCUCGAAUCACAGCAGUCAAGACCCUUACCGUCGCUGAUGGACUGCGCACUCCUGUGGGUGUGCAUCCUUGGUCGGUGAUCUACGAACGUCGUUUGGUGUCAGGUAUAUAUAGUGUCACUGAGGAUGAGAUAUUGUCAGCUAUGAAGCUGGUAUUUGAGCGAUUCAAGCUCGUCGUUGAGCCCAGUGCUUGCGUUCCGCUAGCUGUGGCGCUGUAUGAUGAAGACUUUAGAUCAAUGGUUGAAAAGGAGGCUGGAGAAGAGGGAUGGGAUCUUGGGUUGGUUUUUAGUGGUGGUAAUGUUGGUCUUGAUGCUGUUGGCAAGCUAUUUGCGUAG